AUGACCAUCCUCGUUGAGCAGCCUGACUUUGCGAUUGAGGUGGAAGAAAAGAAGGUCUCUGAUCAGACGGGUGAGGAGAAUGAAUUGGUGUUGGAUGGUGAAUUUGUGGUGCCUCCAACAAACGCUUUUGGCCACACUUUCAGGGAUUAUGAUGUUAACAGUGACCGGAGAGAUGGGGUUGAGGAAUUCUAUCGAAUCAACCACAUUAACCAAAGUGUUGACUUUGUGAAGCGGAUGAGGGAAGAAUAUGGCAAACUGGAUAAGGUGGAAAUGAGCAUAUGGGAAUGCUGUGAACUUCUCAACGAAGUUGUGGAUGAGAGUGAUCCUGACUUGGAUGAGCCUCAGAUUGAGCACCUCUUGCAGACUGCUGAAGCCAUCAGAAAGGACUAUCCUGAUGAAGGCUGGCUGCAUUUAACUGCCCUUAUCCAUGAUCUUGGAAAGGUUCUUCAUCUUCCUGCUUUUGGAGAGCUUCCUCAAUGGGCUGUUGUGGGUGACACAUACCCUGUCGGGUGUGCCUUUGAUGAGUCAAUUGUUCAUCACAAGCAUUUCAAGAAAAAUCUUGACUACAACAAUCCUGCUUAUAACACUAAGUAUGGUAUUUACUCCGAAGGUUGUGGACUCGACAAUGUACUGAUGUCAUGGGGGCAUGAUGACUACAUGUACUUGGUGGCGAAGGAAAACAAAAGCACUCUCCCUUCAGCUGGUCUUUUCAUUAUCAGAUACCACUCAUUUUAUGCUUUACACAGGGCAGGAGCAUAUAAGCACUUGAUGAAUGAAGAGGACAUUGAGAAUUUGAAGUGGCUCAAAAUAUUCAACAAGUAUGACCUUUACAGCAAGAGCAAAGUUCGCAUUGAUGUUGAGAAAGUGAAGCCCUACUAUCUCUCUCUAAUUGAGAAGUACUUUCCCGCAAAGCUGAGAUGGUGA